AUGGCGGCGAAAAAGGGAAAGCAAACUGGCAAGGGUCAACCCAACAAGGCAAUUCCCGCCCCGGCUUCGCAUCCAGAGUCGAGUGACGAAGAGGUUGACGCAUUUGGAAAAAGCGCUGGCAGGGGUCCGAGUGUCUUCACUCUCGCUUCGGGAAAGAACAACGCGAGCAGCCAGAGGGACGGGAAAAACAGACAAGCAGGCUCCGGAGGCCGACGCACAGACGGAAGCCCUGCCUCGAACUCUACCCGAGAAGACGCCGUGGACAGUGGCGACGAAGUGGACGCAAUGGGGAAACGCGCGGCCCACGUGUACGACGCCCUCCGCUCCGGCAGUCACCGCACAAGUCCCACGGGGCCUGCAACCUCCAGCGGCGGCGAGGAGGCGAGAAAACGCCUGGGAAAGAAAGAAAAGGGAAAGAACGCUCCGCGCUCAGGCAAGAGAAAGGAGAAAGACGAAGGUUUCUCCUUCGCCGUUUUGAAGGAGCGGCUGUUCGAAUCGAGCACGCCUCUGCGGAGUCGCCUCCUGCGGUGGCUCGUCAACGCAUGCGUCGCUCUUGCAAUCAUCGGCGUUUUUGCGCUGAAAGCCGCGGAGGAAUAUUACGGCCAAGAUGAAGACACGGGUGGGCAGCAGACAGAACAACACCUGGCCGCUCUUCAGCUGGACUCAGGAGCAACUGAAGCAGACAUCCGCAAAGCCUACAGAACUUUGUCUGUGCGAUGGCACCCGGACAAGAACCCAGGUUGCGCAGGUUGCCAAGCCCGCUUCACGGAAGUAGCGGUUGCGUACGAGUCCUUGAUGAAGGCGCUGAAGAAGAAGAAGGACGGCAACGACGCAGGCGAUCAGGAACGGAGCCGCGGAGAAGGCGAGGAAAGUCUCGCGCGUACCAGCAAAGACAUCAUCGACCUCACGAGUCUCGGGCCAAACGACGCGUUCUAUCCCGCCACAGGCCGACACGUGUGGACAAUCAUGCUCCACAAUGACAAGGACGAGUUCAGCGAGCACGUGAUGGAGAUGUGGCAGGAAACAGCGUUGACGUUGGGGAAAUAUUUCAAGUAUGGCGUCAUCAAUGUGAGGAAGAACAAGGAUCUGACGAAGCGGCUUCCUGUCAAUAUCAAAAUCUUCCCGGCGAUCCUCGUUAUGGCCAACGGCAUGCAUCCAGAGGUGUACCCCGCAAUCACGCGGCCUUCUGUGGAGAGCAUCCACGCUUUUAUUGCUCGCAGCUUCCCGAAUCAUAUUGCGAGUCUCUCGUCAGCCUCCGAGGUGAAGGCCUUCCUUUCUGCGUCGGCUGCGCCUGGUCUGUCUGCUCUGGCCCAACCGUACAAGCUCGUGGUUGUUCCUUCGCGCUCUUCGCCGACUGUCCCCUCGCUCCUUCUCAAACACGCGGCACACAAAUAUCUGCCGCUCUUCUCCUUCGGCUACGUGCACAACUUGGAGCGUUUCCUUGCCGACGAGGCCGAGACGAAGGAACUCUUUGCGGCGCUGCAAGAUCCGCCCCGGUGGCUAACCCGGAGAGAGGAUACCAAAUCCCUCGUGAAAAAUGCGCCUCUCGGAUUCACACAAGAGGACCUACGCUCGUCUCUGGUAUUUUUGCUCUUUGUCGACGAGGGCGAAGGCGUCCACAGAUAUGUGGAGAAACUGUCCAUCCGAAAGUCUCGCGCGUCUCAAAGCGCCCUCUUCACGCAACUCCACAACCUCCUCGCUUCCUUCCAGCAACACGUUCACCCCUACAUUUACCAGCAGAAUGCGGCUCUGUUGUGCCGCGGUACGCUGGAGCAACGGGUGUACACACUCGUGCGCGUUGAGGGGCCGGCCGGGGAAGGCCAGGGAGGCGACUCGGCGAAGGCCACGGCCGACGCUGUUCUCUCUGUCGACGAAAUCAGCGCGAUUCUCCAGACGUCUCGGGAAAGAUUCCUCAAGGAAGAGGAAGUCGCCGAGGAAGAUGAAGGAAGCAAAGAUGGAGGCUUCCAUGUUCAGACGGUUCGCUUGUCACUCGACGCCCCUGCGCUGCUGCCUUCUCUCCCCGGCAUUCCUGCGUCGGCACCCUUCUUCACGUUCUGGAAAGAAGACCUGGAGUUCUCGCGUCUCUUCCUCCUCGACCUCGACGGCAGUCGCUUCCUCACGCUCCACGACGCCGACACGCGCGGCGGCCAGAACGGCUCGCUCCGGGAAGCUGAGGCCGAGAAGAAGCGUCAGAGAAGUCUGCUCGCCGAGCUUUACCAGCUCCUCGACGCGCAGCAGCACAAGUCGGAGGACGAAGAAAUCGACGAAAAACACCUCGACUUUGAGCCGUUGCCGGAAUACUGCGAUGCCCACCGUUUCGCCAAACGCUGUGUCGCCAGCGCCGCACCCGCCUGGUACUGGUCCGCGCUGUACAGCUUCUUCGACAUCUCCUGGACCAACGUCGUCCUCUUGGCCAGCGUGGCGGCGCUCUGUUACGUGGGUGGUGGUUUGAGUUCAGAGAUGGUCAUCAUGCUCGUGCUGGGCGGCUCCCUCCUGAUUGGCUGCUGGUCGCACUUCGAGACGAUCUUCAACUUCUUCUCGACUGCAGGGCGCUGA